AGUGGAGGUGACACCUCUGACAGCACACUGGGCCCCGACUGUCGGCCCUGCCUGUCGCAGGCCCUGCUCACAGCUCGAUGUCAGCUAUGAGGGCUUACCUGGUUUUGUCUGUGCUCUUGGGUUGGGGCUGCAUAGUUGGCCCUCAGUGGACAAAGGCACAGCAGGCAGGAACGCCACUCUCCAACCAGGAGUACCGCCAGUUUUUCAAGUUCCUGCGGAUCACCCUCCAAGCCAGCACUGCCUGCCAUCUCCGUGAGCUGUACGGCUGCCAGAACUCAUUGGUCCAGACACUGGACAAGUACGAAAACCAUGGAGUCAUCCCUCAAGGACCCGUAUGUUCCGAAAUGCCAGGAAAUCCUUUCUUCCCCAACUUCUGCACCUUUUCUUUUUACCGCUGUAUUAAGAAAAAGUAUUUUCUUAAGAGGAUUGCAUGCCCAGGAGAGAACAGCGCCAAGCUGAACCACGCACCAGGCACCAACGACAUUACCACGAGCAGUGAUGCCGUGUCAUCCAGAAGCGUCAACCCGCAGCCACUUUACCCCACAUCUCCUACAAGUACCCAUCCAGCUGGCUCCAGCCCUGACAUGGAAGUAUCUGUGACCUCCAGCUUCUUACCUGCUGGCCCAGAAGCCACAGAGGUGACAGCCAGUGGCCAGCAGCUGCCCAGCAGUGACAUCGAGGAUCUCCUUCUCAGGCUGCUAGAUAGCCAGGUGCAGAGCUCGCUGCAGACACUGAAGUUGCUGUUGUCCGUUGGGAAGGCAGUGAAGGAAGAAGAGUUGCAGGAGGCUGCUGCGAGGCUGCUGGAGGCCCUGAACAAUGCAAAUGUGGCUCAGUAGCCAAACAAUUGACAUGAGUCAACAGUGUGGGAAAUUACAGGGGAAAAGCCACCUC